AGGAGGGAUAACGCUUUAGAAUAUGAAAGGCAGGGACAGAGAGAGGGAGAAAGCGUUAUCGUAAACGAGAUACCUUAGCGCGACAAGGCUGCAUAACAAAGCUCUGUCAGAAUAUCCAGAGCCGAGCCAUUACAUAGUACAGAUUAUUUUAUUAUCGCAGGCCGGUAGAUGCGCGCAGCGUCAUUCUCCUCUUUGCGCAAAUUACGCUGGACUGAGCGGAGUCACAACAGCAUCACCGAACAAGGAGGAAAAACUGCACCCUCAUCCCGAUUCCGAGCUGUUGAUUAAGAAUCCAUCUCUCACCUGGGUGUGGUCACAUAGGAAGGAUGAGGAGCCUAUUGUUUCUGCUAGCACUCUGCUCACUGGCUUUGAGCUACACUGUGGGUAGGGACGUGUGUGUUUCGGGUCAUGACAGCGGGCCAGUGUUUGAAGAACAGCCAUCCAGCCUCAUUUACCCAGAGGGGCUGCCUGAGGGCAAAGUGACAAUGAAUUGCCAGGCAAGAGCCAGUCCUGCAGCCUCCUACAGGUGGCGUGUUAAUGGAACAGAUGUGGCAAUAGGAGAUGACUCUCACUACACUCUGGUGGCAGGGAACCUGGUGAUCAAUAAUCCCCAACUUGGCCAUGAUGCUGGCUCAUACCAAUGCCUUGCCAUUAACCGCUGUGGCACCAUUGUUAGCCGAGCAGCUAACCUUAAAUUUGGCUAUCUCCACGAUUUCCCCUCAGAGAGCAGGAGUCCUCAGACUGUUUAUGAGGGAGUUGGGACUUUUCUGGCUUGCCAACCUCCAGCUCACUACCCAGCUCUCUCCUAUCGCUGGAUCCUCAACGACUUCCCUAGCUUUGUCCAGCCAGACGGGGGAAGGUGGUUUGUGUCCCAGGUGACAGGCAACUUGUACCUGUCUAACGCCAGAGCCAAUGACACUGGCAACUACUUCUGCCUCACCACCAUUAACAUGGACAUUACCACUAAGAGCACAUUCAGCAAAGCCAUUCAGCUCACAGUGCAGUCUGACGCUAACCCCAGGAAGUCAGCCCCGAACAUCCGUGUGCGUUUUCCCUCUGAGACGUACGCCUUGGCAGGUCACACCACACAAUUGGAGUGCUUUGCCUAUGGAAAUCCUACACCUAAGUUGCGCUGGAGGAAAGUGGAUGGUGUUUUACCCUCCAAGGUUGGAGCUAGUGCAGAUAGCCCCAUCCUGACCAUUCCUGACCUAAGCUUUGAUGAUGAGGGCAUGUAUGAAUGUGAGGCUUACAGCUCAGAGGGACGGGCUACGCACCAGGGUCGCAUCUCGGUCCAAGCCCAACCGGAGUGGCUCCAGGUGAUGAGCGAUUCUGAGGUGGAAAUCAGCUCAGAACUACGCUGGAGUUGUGUGGCUGCAGGAAAACCAAGACCAUUAAUAAACUGGCUUCGCAAUGGACUACCUCUUAGCACACAGGAUCGUGUGGAGGUGAGCAGUGGUCACCUAAAAAUCAGCAACUUGGCACUGGACGAUUCUGGGAUGUACCAGUGUGUGGCUGAGAACAAACAUGGCACCAUCUACUUUAAUGCAGAACUCCGAGUUCAAGUCCAGGCUCCAGAUUUUAGGCUGAACCCAGUGAGAAAGCUGGUCCCUGCUGCUCGUGGAGGCCAGGUGAAGAUGGAGUGUAAACCACGCGCUGCUCCUAAACCCUCGCUCUUCUGGAGCCGUGGCACCGAGCUCCUCACCAACAGCAGCAGGAUUACAGUCACACCGGAUGGGGUUCUGUGGAUCUAUAACAUCAGCCGUGCAGAUGAAGGAAAGUACACAUGCUUUGCUGAGAAUUACUUGGGCAAAGCCAACAGCACUGGCCAUCUAUCAGUCAGAGAUGCAACCAAGAUUACAUUGGCACCUUCCAAUGCUGACAUCAACCAGGGGGAUAAUGUCACCCUACAGUGUCACGCAUCACAUGAUCCAACCAUGGACCUCACCUUCACGUGGUCCCUCAAUGGGGUUCUGCUAGACCUUGAGCAACCAAACGGACACUACCAUCGUAUGGAUGGGAAAGAAAGCAUCGGUGACCUGGUCAUCAUGAACACCCAGCUGAGCCAAGCAGGCAUCUACACAUGUUCAGCGCAGACGGUUGUAGACAGUGCAGUGGCGUCUGCCAAGCUGGUUGUUAGGGGCCCUCCGGGGCCCCCUGGAGGUUUGGUGGUUAAGAAUGUGAAUGAAACAUCACUAGAGUUGAGGUGGAGUCGUGGCUAUGACAACCACAGCCCCAUUGGGAAAUAUGUCAUCAUGGGCCGCUCUGAGCACACACAUGACUGGAGGAGAAUGAGGACAGAACCCCCUAAUAUUGAGGGCAAUGCUGAAUCUGCACGUGUGAUUGACUUACGACCCUGGAUGGAAUACCAAUUCCAGGUCAUUGCCAGCAACAUUCUGGGUAGUGGGGAACCCAGCAUGCCUUCACAUACCAUUCGCACCAAACAGGCAGCACCAACAGUGGCACCUAGUGGUCUGAGCGGAGGAGGAGGAGACCGUAAUGAGCUCAUCAUCACAUGGACACCCAUGGCCAGAGAAUAUCAGAAUGGUGAUGGCUUUGGCUACAUCUUGGCAUUUAAGAAGUUGGAGGCACCAACAUGGAUGGUGGUGCGUGUUCCUAAUGUGGAGUCUUCCCGCUAUGUCUACAGUAACCAGAGUCUCACGCCAUACUGCCCCUUUGAAGUUAAAAUCAAAGCCUACAACAGGAAAGGCGAAGGCCCUUUCAGUCAGACAGCCACUGUGCACUCGGCUGAAGAGGAGCCCACAGUGUCACCCCGCAAGAUCAAUGCAUCAGCUUUAACAGCUUUUGAGAUCCAAGUCUCUUGGGAACCCAUCCAGCAUUUAAGCAGCAAUGGCGUACUGCGUGGCUAUGAGAUCCGAUACUGGAGGCAGCAUGAGAGGGAAGCUGCAGCAGACCGUGUGCGAACAGCUGGCCUGGAGAAUACAGCACGGGUGACUGGAUUAAGACCGAACACACUUUAUCACAUCACUGUUCUGGCCUAUAACAGUGCUGGCACUGGGCCGCCCUCUCCACGCACAACCGUCAUCACCAAGAAACCCCCCCCUAACCGUCCCCCAGGGAAUAUCUCAUGGAAGACGGAUGGUUCAUGGGUAACAGUGAGGUGGGAUCAUGUUAAAUCUAUGGACAAUGAGUCUACAGUGCAGGGCUACAAAGUUCUAUACAAGCAUGAGGGGCAGUCAGCUCUAAAGGUGUUAGACAAAGGCAAGACAUCAGUUAAUCUUCCACUACCCAAAGAUAAUGGCUACGUGGUCCUGGAAAUCCGAUCUUGGGGAGAGGGAGGUGACGGGGCAGCUCACGAGAUCAUAGUGUCUCGAGAUUCAGGAACUGGGAUGAUGGUUCAGAAAAACAGUGUGGAAAUCCCCAGAUCCUUCAGCUCAUUAUUUUUUCUCUGGCAUGCUAUGGUUCUUACUGUGACUGGCUUGUCUGUACUGUGAUCAGCCAGUGCAAAAGUUCUUUCCCAGUAAUACCCCACAGAUAUUGGCUGGGUACUCCCCAGGUGGGGUGUGACUUUAGGCAGUGGGGUUUCCGAGUAGGGAGGUUAGGGUGUUGGGGGAGGGUGAGUGCCUGGGGUUUUAGUAAUAAAUAUGACAAACAGUAUUUGUUUUACUCUUUUGUAUAAAAAAAAUGAUUUUUAACAAGAACAACUUGUGUUGUAAACCUUGCCUUGUGUGCAAAAUCAGUAAAUAUCUUGAUUGCCUGGAAUCGGUCAGUGACAUUUCAGCUGGUACUGGGUUUUCAAUUUUAGUCAUCAUUAUACAUAGGUAAUAACAGGCACAUAGAUUUCAACAGGUCAAGAUCAAUAUACUUGGUGCUUUACACACAAUGGGUCUCAUUUGUCAAUUCUUCAGUGAAGUUGUGUGUAAAUAUUUUCAUAAGGCAAACUGAACUAAGUGAGUGUUAUAGGAAGCCCACUACUAUAGAUGGCCCACUAGGGAUUAUACAGCACAUUGCAUCUUGAGACAUACCAGAUUGGUCAUUUAUUGGGCCUUACUGUCUCUAAUAAAGUAUUGCAUACCAUUAAAAAUAGAUGUUGUGGAAAACAGAACCAGCAUGUAUAUAAAGUUUUUUCAGCCCAUCCUCCUUUCAUUACAGCAGCAUUCUUAAUUGACUGACUGGUUUUAUUUGUCUUAAUUUAUGUAUUUAUAUUGGCUUGCUUUUUUUUAAUAUUCAGUAUUUCUUUAGUUGAUGCCAUUAAUAUAAAAUGACUGGGUUUCACAAAAUGUAUUACAUUUGUGUGUAAUUGAAAUACAAAAGUUAUUUAACCUUUACAGCAUAAUCUGUAUAUAAAAGUGCAGUAACUUGUCGUGUUUUAUAUGAUUUGAAGCUAAUCAACUGAGAUUUACAUUAGUUAGUCUUCUUAUGUGUUAAUUUACAUAAAUUUAAGAGCAUGUGCUGGAUACAAAUAUUCUUUCUAAAUUAUGGGAUUUUCAUGAUGACCAAAUGUGCUGUGUAAAUUCUCGCACAAAUUACUUACAAAUAAAUCCAUUCAUAUCCAACUUGAUAAAUGAGGCCCGAUGUUAGGAUAUGUUCAUCAUAGUAUUCUGACACCAUGUGAAUCACCAAGUAGAAAAAAGCUUCUUUUUUUAAAUAAGUUGUUGCCAGUGUUUGGCAGCAUGAGGAUUGUAUCUAAAUGAGGAUUUGAAUGAAAGUUUAGUUUUUCUUUAGCUAAAAAUUGUAUACAGUGUUUAGUGUCUGUAUACUUCUGAAAUAUUGUAGCGUCAAUACAGACUCAACAGCAUCAUCUUUUUCUUACAGUAUGCACCCAAGUGUGUGAGGAUGACUGGUUUAGGAUAAUGGUUGCCAUAGACAGCGGUUAAACAAAAUAUUGUCUGAUAAUAAAGGCGGUAUGGCUUAUGGGGUUAUCUUCAUAUAUCAGGGUUAUUUCAUUUUCAAAGCCAUUAUUAUCAUUGUUUCUCUAUCAAGCGUUAUGUAAAAGAAUAAUCAGUAACCAGAAAUUAAGUAUUUGUCGGAAAUCCAGUAAAAAGUCCAUGGAGGCAGAUGUUAUGCAGUGGGUAAGAUUGCACUUUGGUUAAUCAUCUUACUGUGGUAAUAUUUAUGGCAGUAUUUUUCCUCUUAUGCAUGUGCAGUAAAGAUUUGUACAUGCAUGGCCUAGUUAUUAUGAAAGAUUUACAGCCAAAUUGGCAAAAUUUACAUUUUUGUUAUUUACCAAUAUCUAGAGUAGGAAUACACCCAGUAUAAUGUCGCCAGAGCAGGAUUUGUAUUAUCCAAGUGUGUGAUACUUAUCUACACCUUCUACGUUAUAGAUAUAGUACUUUUAUUUCCCAGUGAUGCCUUUGUUAUUGCAACAUAACAAAGACAAUCUUUGCCUUUUUAAUUUUUCUAUGUUAUUACAUUUACUAAGGAUAUGAGCUAUAGAUACACUUAUACAGAUUAAACAAUUUACAAUUAAACACAUUAGCAAAUAUAAUAUAAUAUAAACCUAAUAUAAACCCUGUUCCUGUCCCUGCAUAAAUACUGGCUGUUGGUUUUUUGUUUUUUGUUUUUGUUUUUUUAAUUUAAUCUAAUUAAUUCUGGUUUUUGGAAACUUGAAUGAUCAGGGCAGUCAUGAUCCACACAAAUGCACACAGUAUAAAAUGUUUAACUGGAAAAAAUGGUACGAUAUUCAUCUUCUGUGUCAGGUUUACCACAACUUCUUUGUCUAGUCAUAUUCACUCAAACAGACAUUUGUCAAAUCUUCCUAUUGUUUUAAACUUUACUUUCACUCACUGUUUUCAAAAAAUAUUAACCACAAAUAAAUCCAUUACAGAAGAUUGCAUUGUCUGAAAGUCAGUAGUAUUAUAGAAUUUCAUCAAACACAGGGAUGCAUUCUUCCUACUGCUCAUCACUUUUUGAUAUUCACAUUUUGUCAAGUUGUGCUUUAUUUAUUUUGAUAUUCCUCCUUCUGUAUAAUGGCUCAUUACUAAAUGUUGCAAAAAUAUUCUUGCUUGUUUUAAAUAUUCUAUAUCCUAUUCAUUGAUAGCCACACCAUUUGUGAGACAGCAGGGACCAAGUACUAAAAUCACCAGAGCUUAGACAAAAUAUAAUCUUAUAUUUGAGAAAGUCUCCUGAGAUUUUCCAAAAAUUCCAAAAAUUGUAAUUAAAUGUGCAGUAAGCCUCAUGCAUUGCAAAAAACAAUGGUUGCCGUUCAAUAAAAGGAAUCAACUUUCAUGUUUAAUGCCACUUAAGGUUAGAUUGGGUUACCUUUUUAAACUAUCAUAUACUGUAAAUGUCUGGUUGAACCUGUCCAAUGUGAAUUGAAUGAGCCUUUCAUCAAAUGGAACUUGUAAAUAUUCUUCAAUAAAUAC